GCAAGUUUCAUGUACUGGCUAAUAGCUAUGGAUGCUAAACAAAAUCUUUUCUUUGUGCCAAUAUUGCUUCUCUUAUGUUUCUCUACAACUUUUCAUUUCUCUUCUGGAGCCGAUAGCAUCUCAACCUAUGGCUCUCUCUCGGGCGACAAAACCAUCAUCUCUUCGGGAGGAAACUUUCAACUUGGUUUCUUUAAGCCUAGCAACUUUUCUAAGUACUACAUUGGCAUAUGGUUCAAAAAAGUUUCUGCUCAGACUGUAGUGUGGGUAGCAAACCGAGAGAGGCCCGUCACUGAUAAGUAUUCUUCAGAGCUAAAAGUUGUUGAUGGUAACUUGGUGCUGUAUGAGAAGGGUAUCGAAAUUUGGUCCACAGAUACAAAAUUGAAGUCCUCCAGUGUAGUAGCAGUACUACUUGAUGAAGGAAAUUUAGUUCUGAGAAACGGAUCAUCAAAUACAACAGUUUGGCAAAGCUGGGAUUAUCCAUCGGAUACAUGGUUGCCUGGUGCUAACCUUGGUUAUGACAAGCGUGCAAACAGGACGCAGGUUCUUACAUCAUGGAAGAACUCUGAAGACCCUGCUCAUGGUUCGUACACUUAUGAACUUGACCCGAUUGGAAAUCAAUAUUUGCUCAGGCGGAAUAGGUCCCAGGAGAUAUGGAAUAGCGGAGCUUGGGAUGGGCAGAUAUUUACUAAUGUCCCCGAAAUGGCCAUAAGGUUUUUGUUCAACUUUACCUACAUAUCCAAUGCUACUGGGGAUUAUUUUAUAUAUCUUCUGGUGAAUAGUUCCUCAUAUAUCACUAGAUUUGUGAUGGAUUAUAAUGGGCAAAUAAAGCAAUUCUCAUGGUUGGCUGAUGAAGAGAAGUGGUCCUUAAUUUGGGCUGAGCCGAAAACACAGUGCAAAGUUAAUGCUUAUUGUGGAGCUAAUGGUGUCUGCAAUGAUAUGUCCUCUCCUUUCUGUAACUGUUUGCCUGGAUUCAAGAGCAGGUUUCAGAAAAGCUGGACUUCGGGAGAUUAUUCCGGUGGCUGUAAGAGAAUUAUGGAAUUGGAGUGUGAUAAAGCAAACACUACCCGCAGGAAAGCAGAUAUCUUUCAAAAAUAUACUUGCAUGAAAUGGCCUGAUAAUCGUCAAGCUAUCUCAACUGAGAAUGCGGCUGGCUGCAAAUCCAACUGUUUAAGCAAUAUUUCUUGCACAGCAUAUGCUUAUUAUGAGAAUUCCUGUUCCACUUGGGAUGGGGACCUCUUUAAUAUGCAGCAGCUAUCUGUAAAUGACACCAAUUGCAGAGUCAUCUUUAUUAGACUUCAUUCAUCUGACUCUUCAAACAAUAAUGAGGGGAUUAUUUCUGGUAUUGUUGGAGGGUCAAUUGCAAUUGUACUCGUCUUUUCAGGCCUUCUAUUGAUUGUAAUCAGACGACAUAAAUCAAGGAAAGCUACUAAGAUUGAAAGAGGUGCAGAAGGUACAAUGGUGGCAUUUGGUUACAAGGAUUUGCAAACUGCGACCAAGAAUUUCUCUGAAAUGUUGGGGAAGGGAGGCUUUGGAUCAGUUUAUAAGGGAACAUUGCCCGAUUCAACAGUCAUAGCAGUGAAGAAGCUGGAAGGCGUCAGCCAAGGGGAGAAACAAUUCCGCAAUGAAAUCAGCACAAUUGGUAACAUUCAACAUGUAAAUCUGGUGCAUCUUCGUGGUUUCUGUUCUGAAGGUAACAAGAAGUUGUUAGUGUACGAGUAUGCAUCCAAUGGAUCAUUAGAUUCUCAUCUUUUCAACCCCAAAAAGGAUGAGAGUCUAUUACCCUGGACAACAAGGUAUGAAAUUGCAUUAGGGACAGCCAGAGGACUGGUGUAUCUGCACGAGAAAUGCAGGGACUGUAUCAUACAUUGUGAUAUAAAACCCGAAAACAUUCUUCUGGAUUCUUACAUGUGUCCCAAAGUUGCAGAUUUUGGGCUAGCAAAGUUGGUCGGUCGUAAUUUUAGUAGGGUUUUGACAACAAUGAGAGGAACUCGAGGCUACCUUGCUCCUGAAUGGAUAUCUGGCGGAGCCAUAACAGCAAAAGCAGAUGUGUAUAGCUUCGGAAUGAUGUUGUUUGAGUUUGUGUCAGGUAGGCGAAAUUCUGAGCAAACUAGAGAUGGGAAGGUUAACUUCUUUCCGGCAAUUGCUGCAAAUGUGAUAAUGGGCCGGGGCGACAUCCUUACUAUAUUAGACCCCAAUUUAAACCAGGUUGCUGAUGUAGAAGAAGUAACCAACAUAUGUAGAGUAGCUUGUUGGUGCAUACAAGAGAAUGAACAUGUUAGGCCAACAAUGAGCCAGAUAGUUCAAAUUCUUGAAGGGUUUUUGGAAGUGGACAUGCCUCCAGAUUCACGAGGACUUCAAGUCUUUAUUGACAAUGAAGAUGAUAUUGUUUUCUUCACUGAUAAGUCCUCCUCCUCAAGUUUGCAUAUACAGAGCAAUCCUACACGGGGUUGAUCAUUUGUUGAAGAGCAUUACAACAAAAAGAGAUAAGGUCCUAGUAUAAUGUGGUUCGGAGCGUUGUAUUGUUACUAAUUCCGUGGGCAUACUUAUAUGUUUAAGUUUAAACCAUUUGACAGAAUGGAACUGCAUUAUAUAUGUGCGAGUCAUGCUUAUUACAACCCCGAAGUUUUGUGUUGCAUGGCAUCUGUGUCAUAGUAGAUAUUAGCUGCAAAAAUAAAAGGGUUUAAGUAUUGAAUUCUACAGUUGUUCAUAAGAAAGAGAAAUUCAAACAGGUGCUUUGAAUCCCUUU